UAACAAAGGGCGCACAAAGAAUGGUAACCGGAAGCAAGAGACCAUUACAGAAAUGCAGGAAUUUUAUGCUGCGAUGGUCGAUAGAAUGGAUACUCGAAUGAGGACGCUGACCCUUCCUAACAGGAAACUUGGAGUGACCUUAGCAGGAUUUUACAUCGAUGAGGACCCCAAGUCAAGACUAUGGCUGGACAAAGAUGGACGUCAAAAACCUGAGAUUAAAACUGAUCAGUUCCUAAAAGCCCUAACACACUGGUCAAAACGAAGGAAUCUUCCAGAACAUGACCAUGCUAUGUUCUUCACCAUCCUUGAAGUGUUUGAAAAUGGACAGAAAAAACUGAGAGGAUACUCUCCACAGUCAAAGAUUUGCUCCAAUGAAAGUGUAUCAAUCAUCCAGGAACGGUUGGACUUCAGCACAAUCACUGUAGCAACACAUGUGUUAGCACACAGUCUUGGAGCCCGCCACGAUGGAGACUCGAACCCUUGUCGGCCAGAAGACCACUACAUCAUGUCGCCAAAAAGUGUGACCCUCACAGAAGGAUCUAUACUCAAUAUGUGGAACUUCUCCUCCUGCUCCAGUAACUCUGUCGGUCAAAAUCUGAAACGCCUUAACGAAGAGAACUCAAACUGUCUGAAGAACACACCGUCCGUCCGUCGUUCAAAGCCACACCGUCAGCUUGGUCAAAUGUUUGACGCUGAUGUCCAGUGUCAACACAUCUUUGGAGAGACGUCGUAUGUAUGUCGAUCAAAGUAUUGGUCAUCUUAUCGUGGUCUUUGUACUGGCCUUUGGUGCUCUACCAACUCUGGACACUGCCAAAAGAUUAUCCCAGCUGAUGGCACAUCAUGUGGAAGACAAAAGUGGUGCAUGAAUGGGAAAUGUGUUACAGAUAGAGAAGCCCCAGAGGUUGCAGACGAAUGUCCAUUGCGAGACCAGAAGAAUCGAAUCUCGGGUACGAACCUCACCUGUGAACAGGUGUCUAAGAGCCACCAGUGGGAGUGCUACCAGACGUCUGUUGCCCAAGCCUGCUGCUACACCUGCCCGAUGAAACCCUGUGAUGGGAAUACAUGUUGCAAAUUUGACGAUCGUCACUCCCAAUGCAGAAACUUCAGUUCUUACGCUUGUUAUACUCCGGAUAUUACAAAACUUUGCUGUGAGACUUGUAAGAGACACUGCAAAACAAAUAUACCUGGCUGUGCAUGUGGAGACAGACGAGAUGGCUGUUCCAAUAUUACUAGACUUGACUGUUAUACUCAACACAAGGAGUGCUGCUACACGUGUUCAAAACUCAGGGACACUACCCACCCUGACUGUGAGUUUGGUGACCGCAGUGACCAAUGCCUGGCUUCAAACUGUAUCUACUACGACACUUAUAGACAGUCCAGAGUCUGUUGCCAGACGUGUAGACAUCUGCACACUCUAGUGGCCACCACCACAGAAGUUGCCAACAGUCCUCCCUCCCCUGUAGACAGUGCAGCAACUGGUACUGUGCCCUUAGCCUCCCUUUAUUGGUUAACAGCACAACUGAUGCUGACAGCGAUAACAACAUCAACAACAACAACAACAACAACGGCAUCAACAACAUCAAUGAUGACAAUGAUGAUGAUGAUGAUGACGGCUCUGACAAUAACAAUGAGCAGACCACUGUGAAUCACACACACACACACACACAUGCAUGUACACACACACACACACACACAUGCAUGUACACACACACACAUGCAUGUACACACACACACACACACAUGCAUGUACACACACACACAUGCAUGUACACACGCACACACGCAUGCUUGUGACAAGGUGACAGAAUGAGAGAAAGACAGAGAGAGAGACAAAAGAAAAAAGAUCCUGUGUGGGUGUUGUGUAAAGAGAACAUACCGAAACCACCCGAGCCGACCAUGACCACCACCAUCACCACCACCACCCAUUCCCUCAUUUACCUCUUUACUAUUGUCUAGCUGGUUGGCUGAGUGGUUGGCUGGCUGGCUGGCUGGUUUUGGUGUGUGUCUGUGUGUCCUAUGAUAUUUACAGCAAUCUCUAUCUCUUAACACUAAAAGCAAAAUAAUUCUCCACCCCACCCACCGACAAAUCACCACCACCACCACCACCACCUCCAUACGCAUACAGCUUCAUUCAAUAUACAUAACACACACACACACACACACUAAAUUCUAUACACACACAAACGCAUGCACGUGCACACACAUACACGCACUAAAUUGUAUACUUCACACACACACAUGCAUGCAUACACACACAAAAUUGUAUACUGCACACACACACACACACACACACACACACACUCUACCACCUACACGAUGCAGGGCACCUCUAAGUUGUCUCUCAAAAUGCUAGAAAUAACAGCUAGAAACUGUACAACACACACAUAGACAUACAGUCACACACAUAUAGAUAUACAUACACAUACAUAUAGAUAUACAUGCACAUAAUUAUACACACACACUCACGCUCAAUCAUCUACACCACAUUGAUAUUGAUGCUAGGAGUUUCCAAGUGGUCUCUCAAAAUGCUAGAAAUAACAGCUAGAAUCAGUACAACACACACAUAGACAUACAGUCACACACAUAUAGAUAUACAUACAUAUAGAUACACAUACACAUACAUAUAGAUAUACAUGCACAUACUUAUACACACAUACUCACACUCAAUCAUCUACACCACAUUAAUAUUGAUGCUAGGAGUUUCCAAGUGGUCUCUCAAAAUGCUAGAAAUAACAGCCACAAAUAGCACCAAACAUGCACAUACAUACAUAUGCACACAUGCAUACACAUACACACACUACCACCUACGCUGACGCUGGGAUCAUCUAAGUGGUUUCUCAAAAUGCUAGAAAUAACAGCCACACAGCACUACACACACAAUACAUAAACAAACAUACACACACACACUCACACACACUACCACCUACACCACUACAACCAACACUACACCAUAAGCAACAAUGGGAGUAUUUAAGUGGCCACUAGAACUGCUAGAAAUAACAGCUACAUGCAUCAUCACACACCAUGUACCAAACUACAUACUACCACCUACACCACAACCACCAAUACUACUUCACUGGUGUCAGGAACAUUUAUCUGGUCAAUCAAAAUGCUAGAAAUAACAGCUACAUGUAUCACCACAUACCAUGCACCAAACUACAUACUACCACCUACGCCACAACGACCAAUACUACUACACUGAUGUCAGGAACAUUA